CCUACGUCAGACCCUCUUAAUCGAACAGGAGCGCUUGUGUUGAUGUCAGCCGCUUCUGUCCCGUCCAUUUGCUAAGGCACCGGGACCAAAACUUCAAGCCCCAAAAUGUUUUUGUCCUCAGUUGUUCGCUCUGCAGUGUCGCAGACGGCCAGACAAGUCAGGAGUCUGCAUCGCUCUGCUGCACGUUCAGGAGCCGGUGGCAUCUUUGUGCACAGAGAUACUCCAGACAACAACCCUGACACUCCCUUUGAGUUCACUGAGGAGAACAAAAAGAGGAUUGAGGCAAUCAUCUCAAUGUACCCAAUUGGCCACAAGCAAGCAGCCACCAUCCCAGUGUUGGAUGUAGCCCAGAGGCAACAUGGAUGGCUUCCUAUUUCUGCCAUGAACAAGGUCGCAGAGGUGCUGGGAAUCCCUCCAAUGAGAGUGUACGAAGUAGCAACAUUUUAUACCAUGUUUCUGCGUCAGCCCGUGGGAAAAUACUUCAUUCAAAUCUGCACAACAACACCCUGCAUGCUCUGCAACUCAGACAGCAUCCUGGAGGCCAUCCAAAACAAACUGGGUAUCAAGGUUGGAGAGACGACUCCAGACAAGAUGUUCACGCUAAUAGAGGUGGAAUGUCUGGGCGCUUGUGUCAAUGCUCCAAUGGUCCAGAUCAAUGACAACUAUUAUGAGGAUCUCACACCUAAGGACAUGGACGACAUUAUUGAUGAGCUCAAAGCUGGCAGAGUUCCGCCACCUGGGCCCAGGAGUGGUCGUUUCUCAUGUGAGCCUGCAGGUGGAUUGACUUCUCUGACAGAACCUCCAACAGGGCCUGGCUUUGGUGUGAGAGCGGACCUGUAGACAUUUUGUCCGUUAUGAUGAUAUUAUGUUUAAUUGAACAUUGUGUAAAUAAACUGUUCAUGUAC